UUAAUAUUCUCUUGAAAAUCCACCAUUACAUCAUUCCAUACAAACAACAUUAAUCUCUAGUACCAGGAUGUCCAAACACUAUAUCAAGAAACAUGUCCUGUACAAAAACACCUCUACUCCCAUGGAGAGAAAGAAACCACACCAACAAACAAGCAGCUUCUUCUCCAAACAUUUCAAGAAAAUUUACCCUAUUGAAUUGAAGAUAACCUGUUCACCUCUUUCACUCUCUUCUUUAUCAUUAUCAUUGUCUCAAAACUCUAGUGAUUCUUCCUUAACCGCCUCCUCGGAGACUUUUGAUCCGAAGAUACCGUCAGCCCUCACCUUGAUAACCCUUGAAGAUCGAAGAAGAGAGGAACCUGUGGCCAAGAUUAAUGCGCAGAAGCCGAUCUCAGUUAAUCCAACGGCUGAGGAAUGGACAAGGAGGUGCAACUGGAUUACCAAAACCAGUGAUGAGCUGUAUGUGCAAUUCCACGACGAAUGCUGGGGAGUUCCGACUUAUGAUGACAACAAGAUGUUUGAGCUGCUUACAAUGUGUGGAAUGCUCAUGGAUUUCAAUUGGACUGAUAUUCUUAAGAGGAGACAACUUCUCAGGGAAGCUUUCGCUGGUUUUGAUCCGGACAAUGUGGCAAGAAUGGGCGAACAAGAAAUUGUUGACAUCGCCUCCAACAAGGAACUUGCCUUAGCAGAAUGUAGGAUCAGGUGCAUUGUUGUCAAUGCAAAAUGCAUAAGAAAGGUUGCUAAGGAACAUGGAUCUUUCAGUAGCUACAUGUGGGAUCAUGUGAGUUACAAACCAUUGAUCAAGAAGUUCAGGUAUCCAAGAAAUGUCCCUCUGAGGAGCUCUAAGGGUGAGGUGAUCAGCAAGGACCUGGUGAGUCGUGGGUUCCGCCUCGUUGGGCCUGUCAUCGUCUACUCAUUUAUGCAAGCAUCCGGGAUGACCAUUGAUCAUCUUGUCGACUGUUUCAGAUAUGGAGAGUGUGUCAAUCUUGCUGAAAGGCCAUGGAGACAUGUUUGAUGAGUUGCAAGAACAUAUAGAUCAAACUAAUAUACAACUUAUAGCAAUGAAGGUUUUCUUGAUUUUCUUGAUUCUUUGAUCUGUGAGUUGUAAGUUAAUUUCCUGCAAGUGAUGCUUGAAUCUUA